GCAACAGUCGAGUCUGCUGAACGUGACCAAUGAUGUUCAUCGAUUCUCCAUACAUUGUAAAGGGGUCUGCAGUAUUUGAAGUGUGACCAACUUCAUGGCGCGAUAAAUUGAAAAACUGGAGCAGCAGAGCGCGGAGCGCUUGGAGUUGAGAUCUGUGGUUAUUAAAAAGUGUUUGCAGCUUUUAGGCCAUAUAUUAUGAAAGCAAUGUCUCAUCAUUACGUAGUGACGGCACAUAAACCAACGGCUGUCACUUCGUGCGUGACUGGUAAUUUCACUUCACCCACGGAUUUGAAUCUGAUAUUAGCCAAAAAUGUACGAUUGGAGAUAUACCUUGUGACACCGGAAGGCCUACGGCCUUUGAAGGAAGUCGGGAUCUAUGGCAAGAUUAGCGUCAUAAAAUUCUUCAGACCACCGCAUGAGAAAAAAGAUCUUCUAUUUUUGUUAACAACACGUUAUAAUGCCAUGAUCUUGGAAUGCAUUGGUGAGGGAGAAGAUAUAGAAAUUAUAACGAGAGCUCAUGGGAAUGUAGCGGAUCGCAUUGGGAAGGCUUCCGAGACUGGAAUUAAAGCUGUUAUUGAUCCAAAAGCACGAGUAAUUGGUCUUAGAUUGUAUGAUGGCCUCUUUAAAAUUAUACCUUUGGACAAAGAUAAUCCGGAAUUGAAAGCGUCUUCAAUCCGUAUGGAUGAACAGCAAGUACAGGAUGUCAAUUUUCUCCAUGGAUGCGCUAAUCCUACCUUAAUUCUCAUUCAUCAAGAUAUCAAUGGUAGACACGUAAAAACACACGAAAUUAACUUGAGAGAUAAAGAAUUUGCCAAGAUACCAUGGAGGCAGGAUAAUGUAGAGCGAGAGGCUAUGAUGGUCAUUCCUGUACCUUCGCCUAUUUGUGGUGCAAUUAUAAUAGGACAGGAAAGUAUUCUGUAUCACGAUGGUGCCACAUAUGUUGCAGUGGUGCCUCCAAUUAUAAAGCAGAGCACUAUUACUUGCUACGCCAAGGUAGAUAAUCAGGGAUUGAGGUAUCUAUUGGGAGAUAUGGCUGGUCAUUUAUUCAUGUUAUUUUUGGAGCAAGAAAAGAAGCCUGAUGGAUCGCAAGUGGUAAAAGAUUUGAAAGUCGAGUUGUUAGGAGAAAUCAGUAUACCCGAAUGUAUAACUUAUUUGGAUAAUGGAGUAAUAUAUGUUGGUAGCCGCUUAGGUGAUUCUCAAUUGAUCAAAUUAAUUACAAAGGCAGAUGAAAAUGGAUCCUAUUGUGUACCUAUGGAGACAUUCACUAAUCUGGCGCCUAUUGUCGAUAUGGCUGUAGUAGAUCUGGAAAGACAAGGCCAAGGGCAAAUGGUUACAUGCUCGGGUGCUUUUAAAGAAGGUUCUCUAAGGAUUAUUAGAAACGGCAUAGGUAUACAAGAACAUGCAAGUAUGGAUCUACCAGGGAUUAAAGGUAUGUGGGCUUUAAAGGUUGGAGGUUCACAUUUUGAUAACACAUUAGUAUUGUCAUUUGUCGGGCAGACUAGGAUCUUAACUUUAAAUGGCGAAGAAGUCGAAGAAACGGAUAUCCCAGGUUUUGUAGCGGAUGAGCAAACGUUUCACACGGGUAAUGUUACCGACGAUUUAUUUAUCCAAAUAACUUCGACUUCUGUUAGACUAAUCUCGUACGAGAGUAAAAUAGUAAUUUCUGAGUGGGAGCCACAAAACAAAAGGACUAUCAGUGUGGUAGCCUGUAACGGCAUGCAAGUCCUUUGUGCAACAGGAAAUGAUCUGUUCUAUAUCGAGAUCGUAUGCAAUCAGAUUGUAUCCAAAGGAUUUGUUACCUUGCAACAUGAAGUAGCAUGCUUGGAUAUCUCCCCCUUAGAUGGCAACGAAGCCAAGAUUGCUGCUGUUGGACUUUGGACAGACAUAUCUGUUCGAAUCUUAACUCUGCCCAAUCUAGAGGAGAUCAAUAAAGAGCUUCUUGGAGGCGAGAUUAUACCCAGAUCCAUCUUGAUGACCUGCUUCGAGGGUAACACAUACUUACUUUGCGCGCUAGGUGACGGCAGCAUGUACUAUUUUAUUCUACAUCGACAAAGCGGUAUGCUCUCGGACAAAAAGAAGGUCACCUUAGGCACUCAACCUACUGUUCUCAGGACUUUUCGAUCACUCUCUACGACGAAUGUAUUUGCAUGUUCGGAUAGACCCACUGUUAUAUAUUCUUCAAAUCACAAGCUUGUCUUCAGCAAUGUCAAUCUCAAAGAAGUAAAUCACAUGUGCUCUCUGAAUGCAGAAUCUUACCCUGAUAGUCUUGCAUUGGCAACUGACAGCACCGUUACUAUUGGUACAAUUGACGAGAUUCAAAAAUUGCACAUUAGAACGGUUCCACUUGGGGAAUCUCCAAGAAGGAUCGCUUAUCAAGAAAGUUCGCAGACCUUUGGCGUGAUUACCAUGCGUGUCGACGUACAGGAGAGCAGUGGCGCGAGCAUCGUCAGGCAUUCUGCGUCUACUCAGGCGGCGUCCACAUCCAGUAGCAGCCACGUUGUUUCACACAAUAAACCCAGUGGACACACAGCCAGUGAGAUUGGCCAAGAGAUUGAAGUUCAUAAUCUUCUCAUUAUUGAUCAACAUACAUUCGAAGUUCUUCACGCGCACACGCUGAUGGCCACCGAAUAUGCAUUAUCAUUGAUAUCAACAAGACUGGGCGAGGAUCCGACUUCUUAUUUCGUGGUCGGGACCGCGUUUAUAAAUCCCGAUGAGACUGAGCCCAAAAUGGGCAGGAUACUGCUAUAUCAUUGGAGCGAGGGAAAAUUCACGCAGGUUGCAGAAAAGGAGAUCAAGGGUUCGUGUUAUUCCUUGGUUGAAUUUAAUGGUAAACUCUUGGCGAGCAUCAACAGUACUGUAAGAUUGUUUGAAUGGACUGCGGAAAAGGAACUCAGAUUAGAAUGCAGUCACUUUAACAAUAUCAUAGCCUUAUAUUUAAAAACCAAAGGCGACUUUGUCCUUGUGGGAGAUCUGAUGAGAUCUCUUACGUUGCUUCAAUAUAAAACUAUGGAGGGCAGUUUUGAGGAAAUAGCUAGAGACUACAAUCCCAAUUGGAUGACUUCUAUCGAGAUAUUAGAUGAUGAUACUUUCCUGGGCUCUGAAAAUUGCUUCAAUCUCUUUGUAUGUCAAAAGGAUAGCGCUGCAACGUCCGAAGAUGAAAGACAACAAAUGCAGGAAGUAGGUCAAUUUCAUCUGGGUGAUAUGGUCAAUGUUUUCCGGCAUGGUUCGUUGGUGAUGCAAAAUUUGGGAGAAUCAAGUACGCCGACUCUAGGUUGUGUAUUAUUCGGCACUGUAAGCGGUGCGAUCGGUCUGGUGACGCAAAUACCAUUUACAUUUUACGAAUUCCUGCGUAAUAUGGAGGACAGAUUAAACAGCGUGAUAAAAAGCGUGGGCAAGAUAGAGCACAACUUCUGGAGAAGUUUUAAUACGGAAUUGAAGAUUGAGCAGUGCGAAGGAUUUAUAGAUGGUGACCUGAUAGAAAGUUUCCUCGAUUUGAACCACGACAAAAUGGCAGAAGUCGCAUUGGGUCUUAUGAUUGACGAUGGUAGUGGCAUGAAGAAAGAAGCUACGGUAGACGAUCUUGUAAAAAUAGUGGAGGAUCUUACAAGGAUACAUUAAAUGUCAUAUAUAAGUAAACAAUAUUUUAAAUUCAUUGAAUGUAUCUAUAAGAAUAUUAGAAA